AUGGGCAAGCUCACUAGCACCAUCGGUAUCCCGAUCAAGCUUCUGAAUGAGGCGCAGAUGGGAAUUCGAUACUCAAAGAAGACUAUUGGAGGCUAUCAAAUGGGUUAUGCGAGCACACCGCUAAUGUUCUUUCUUCUUCAGGGCCAUGUCGUGACACUGGAAAUCACAUCGGGCGUUGUCUACCGGGGGAAGCUGUUGGAAGCCGAGGACAACAUGAACGUCCAGCUUAAGGAUAUUACCGUUACCGCCCGUGAUGGCCGCGUUUCGCAUCUCGACCAGGUUUACAUUCGUGGAAGCCAUGUGCGCUUCUUUAUCGUACCGGACAUGCUGAGGAAUGCUCCUAUGUUCCGCUCACGAGGCCAGCGUGGGCGCGGUGUCGGUUUGGCGCGUGGUAAGGCCACCGUGCAGCGUGCGCGCGGCCAGCAGCGUGGUGGU